GCACUAAUGAAGAAAGGGGAUAAGAACCGUCACGUCGGGAUAACGAACAUGAAUGAACGAAGCUCUAGAUCUCACACCAUUUUUCGACUGAUCCUGGAAUCCCGUGAGCGGAGUGAAGGAGAAGGUAGUGAUGGGGCAGUUACAGUUUCACAUCUAAACCUUGUUGAUCUGGCUGGCUCAGAGAAUGCCUCACAGUCUGGUGCAACAGGAGAGAGGUUAAAGGAAGGAGGAUUUAUCAACAAAUCUCUCUUUAUGUUGGGUCGAGUCAUCUCGCAGCUGAGUGAUGGAGAGCAAUUUGUCAAUUUCAGAGACUCAAAGUUGACAAGGAUUUUACAGCUGUCCUUAGGGGGAAAUGCCAAGACAGCCAUAUUCUGUACUGUUACACCAGCUACUGUUGAACAGACACAUUCUACUCUCAGAUUUGCCUCAAGUGCUAAAUCUAUCAAGAACAAGCCUGUGGUGAAUGAGGUUUUGUCUGAAGCAGCUUUGCUGCAACGAUAUGCAAAGGAGAUUAAAAAUCUGAAGAAAUCACUUGAAAAAGAACGCAAUACUGACAGAGCCCAAGAAGUAGAACAGGUGCGUGAAAAGCUUGAUGAAGAAGCACGCAAAAACCAAGAGUUGCUGAUGAAGGUGAAUGAGUUGAAAGCAAAAAUUGUGGUUUCCAGCCAUCCUCGUAACUGUUCUCCAUAUAACACCAAAAAAAAGAAAAAGAUGAGACGAGAGACAUGGGCAGCUCCAGCAUUGGCUCGGGCCAUGAGGGAAAGUAUGGGACCUGCUUAUAUGCAACCCAUUCCAUUGACUCAUCAGUUCCUGCUUCCCAGCCUUCCACCUUGGUCAGACCUCCCUAAGAUCUCAGAAGGCUCAUCAUCAGAUACUACAGAUUCUACCAUGGAUUGUUCUGUUAUAUCAGAUGGUUUUGGAAGAAAUGAAUCAAGUUUCUCUAUGGACUUGGAAUUGGCUGAGCAGUCAAAACUAGGGAAGUUAGACUUAAGUCCUUAUUCCCCUCCGCCUCUGAAGCAUCGCAAAAUGGUACAAUUUGAGUUAACUCCAGAGCUGUCUCCUGAUGAUGAAUGUCAAGCUGAAGAAAGCUAUCUUACAUCCAAACCAUCAACACCGAGAAGAGAGACAGAAUCCCCAGUUCCGUCUCAUCAUUUGGUAAUACCAGGGACCCCGGGGACCCCAGCUCACAUCCUCAGGGAAAGAAACCGGAAGAUGCAAGAAAAGUUGAAGGAACAGGAGGAUUGGUUGAAGGAGUGCCAAGAAGAAUUUACUGAUUUACAAGAAUACCAGAAGCAUGAGAUUAUACUAAUGGAGGAAAGCUUUGCCUCCAAGAUUGCUGAUGGAUCAGUUGACAACACCACGCUGCAGGAACAAAGAAAAGAGAUAAUGUUUCUGAAACAUUCUCUCCGAGACUCUGAAGCUCUGUUACUGGAUGCCAACCGAGCACUAUCACAAAGGUCACAAGAGAUCCAAUUGUUGCAAAAACAGAGGGAAAAAUUGACUCAAGAAAAUUUGAGAUGUUUUCGUUUUGAAGAUGAACUCACAAAAUUGUGUGAAGAGCACAAACAAAUGAAGAAAAUUAUGGAGGAUAAGGACAGUAGACUCUUGCAGCUGGAGAAUGAACGUCAUGAUUUUGACAUUAUGAUGGAAUUAGCUUUGAAGAAACAGGAACAAAAAGAAAAGGAUUUAAGAAGAAGCUUAGAUGAUGCUUGGAAGGAAAUAGCAGCAUAUGAGGGAAGUAACACAGAGGAAGUGAAGAGACGUAGCCAGCGUGUGUCUCUGUUGGAAGAAGAAAUAUCCAAACUUCGUUCCACCACACAACUAGUUCAAGGGGAAGAACAAGUGGAAGGUGACCUACAAAAGCAGUUGAAGGAAGCUCUUCUUAAACAAGAAGCCACCCAGCAAGAAAUGGAAGAACAGAAUAUGAAAUUUAAGCAGAUGGCAGCGCUGGUGGAGAGAAUGACAGGUAUUGAGUCCCAAGUAUCCAAAAUGGAAGCUGUAGAGACUGAGCUGGCCAGUGUCCAAGAUGAAGUGAAAACACUGAGGGCUGAGAACUCUCAUCUGAGGAGCACUGCUAAUGACCUACAGAAGCAGCUGGAUGAAAAAGCAUUUGAUGGAGAGUCUAAUCAAAUUCAGGUCUUGCAAGAAGAGGUGCAGUCUCUUCGUGAAAAGUUGGAGGAGUCCGUUGAUGGAAGUGUCUUCACUGGGAGAAACUCUCACUAUGUUAGCAAAACCAGAGAAAACACAUUAACUUCCUGGGAGAUUUCCUGCAAACUUUCAGAAACUCUGCAAGCCUUGGAGGAGACUGUAAUCACAUCCUCUACACCAGGCAGAAAUUCCUUUGUCUCUUUGGAUGAAAACUUCUUACAGCCACAAGAUCUGGAAACCAUCAAGCAACAGCUCCUUUGGCUACAGGAGGCACUUGUUGCACAAGAUCAGUGCCAGCUGCAACUACAACAGGAGUUGGAGAAUUUAAAGGCAAAGGCAAUGUCUGAACAAUUAUAUCCACAGAUGGUUUCGCAAGUGGAAGAAGAGUUAAAUCUAUGGAGAGUACAAGAAUCUUUCUGUGGAGAAUAUUUUGUUUACUCCAAGACACUUCAAAAUUCUGUACACAGUCACUCUGACCAGAUACACCAAGUGCAAACUGGCAAUGUAUACAAAGCUGGCUCUUCCACAAGUAUGGAGCAGACAGUGCAAAAUGCUGAUGAAAUUCAGACUGGCAUUAAACCUGAAUGUGAAAUAAAGGAAGAGCAUAGACCCUUGAAAGAUAUACUAUGUCAGGAUACUGCUGUUAAGAGAGACACUUCAUUUACUUCUCAACAGUCUGCUGAACCGAUGUCUCCUGCAAAAGAGCUACACCAGGCAUCCAAGAAUGAGACUCUCCAAAGGGCAAAUGAAUCUCUGUGUGUUACUCCACUGCAAAUAAAUACACCUCUGUCACUAGCAGAUGAGCUACGUUGGGCAGAAAUGAACUCGACACUCUCCAAUGAAACUUUUGAAACAUGUUUACUUAAUCUUGUACCAGAUUCCUCCAAGCAGGAAGUCCAACAGUUGAAAGAACAAUUAGAGAUCCUAAGCCAUGAAAAUCAGGCACUCCAGGAUAAAGUUAGGCAGCUCCAGGCCAGUUUGCAACAGACAAAAGAAAAUAUGGUCAUUGCUGGACAAGAGGAAAACCUAAGAGAUCAGAGCAAAAAUACAAUGGAAAAAUCUCAGAAUUUGGUAAACCAAUUGGAAAAAGAACUUGAAUCAUUGAAAACUGAGAAGUCUGCAUUGGAAUUAAAAAUCAAGACACUUAAAGAAGAGAAUGAUACAUCAAUAUUGGGCGAAGAAAUGCAUUGUCUACGGUGGCAAGUUAAUACCCUGAAGGAGGAAAAGGUUGAUUUAGAGGAGGAAUUAAAGCUGACCCAAGAGGAUCUUGAGCAAAUGACUAAAGAAAAACAACUCCAAUUUACUGCCAAUAAGCUCUCCUCAGAGGCAGAUCUGCCAUCCACAUCAGUAUUGAUCACUUGUUCAAAAUGUUCAGUUAACAUUGAUGAAAAUGACUUGCAGAAUGCCACUAAGGUGGUGGAACAAGAUAAGAAAGUGAAAAUCUCUUUAGAGGAUGAUUUUAGCUUAAAGGAGGAGGUUAGCAAGAUUCAGCAAUAUGAUGAGGCUGAAACAAGAAGAGCUGAACCUUUUUAUGAGAAGGAAGAAAUAAAACAACUGCAAGAGGAAACCCAGGAAUUGAGUGAGCUGAUUUUAUCUCUUAGAGAGGAAAAGGACAAAUAUAUUCUGACUUUACAAGAGAUGAAGGAGAGUCUUCAGAGUAAAACAGAAGAGUGGGAAGAAGCAAGAGAGAUUGCUUUAUCUCUAAAAUCAAAAAUGAAAUUAUUAGAUUAUAUGACUAAAGAAAUGGAAAAUGCUAAAGUGAUAGUUUCUUCCAUCAAAGGAGUAUUGGGUAAGGACCUAGGAGGUGUAGGGAGCCAAGGAGAAACAAUUGAUAUUGCUGACACUGAGGUUAAAGGUAUGAAAGAAGUAGUUUUAGCAUUGAAAAACUUAAAGAAUGUAAUUGAAGACAAGACAGCAGAGUUAGAAAAUGCUAACAGUAUAAUUGCAUCAUACAAAGCAAAAAAAAAUCUGAAGGAAAUGUCUGAAUCAGAUGAGUUGAGAGAAAUGCAAAAGAAAUUGGAAAAUAAAACAGAAGAGCUUGAAAUUCUUAAGGGCCAAAAGGAGAAGUUGCUACUUGAUUUUGAAGACCAACUAGCAAAUGUUGUUGCAGAAAAGGACAAUGAAUUGGAAUUGAUAAUAACAAACUUCACUGAGAAGGAAGAAACUUUUGAAAACAAAGAAAAGGAGCUACAGGAGAUGGUCUCACAGAUAAAAGAAAUAAGAAAGACUUUGGUUAAUAAAGAUUUGGAAGUGCAGAACUUGAAUAAGGAAAAUAUAGAUUUCAAAAACAUAGUAAAGGAUUUGGAAUUAAAUUUGUCCAAAAAAGUUGAUGAGUUGUCUGUUAUGGAAGGAAAGUAUUCAAUUCUGCAAAAGGAGUUUGAACAUCAGGAAAUAGAUUAUGACAACAAAAUACAAGAAAUGAAAAAGUCUGUGUCUGGUAAUAAGGAACAAAUAAUCACUCAGGCACAAAAUGUAAAACAUUUGCAGAGGUCUCUAGAGGAGCAGAAGAAUUUACUAUCAAGUUCAGAAGAAGAAAAGGAACUGUUGAAAAAUAAUUAUGAGAAACAGUUAAGCGAUUCGGCUCAUGUUUCAAGGAUAACAAGCAGUACUACCUGGUAUAAAGAUUCAGAAUGCAGGAUUAUAGACCAGAAGCUGGAUGAAUUAGAGCAACUGAAAGAUGAAUAUGCCAUUAAAGUCAAGGAAUGCCACCAAUUCAGAGACUCGGUUGAUAAUCUUAAGAUAAUGUUAGCUAAGAAAGAAGAAGAAUUGAAAGUCAUGUCUUCAGACCACAAUGAAGAACUGUCAACCUUAUCUGAAAAUAUAAAUGAGAAAAUUGAAGAAAUUAACAAUUUUGAAAAUAUUGUAAAACGCAAGAAUGAUGAGGCAGUUAACUUGAAGUUAGCUAUUGAAGCCAAGGAUCACAAAAUAAAGAAACUUGAAAGCGAUAUGAAAGAAGUGAAGGAGAUACUGGAUGGCAAAGAGAAAGACCUUGAGGAGUCCUUGUCAAAUAGAGAUGGGCAGAUGUCAACUAAACUGCAAGGGCUUCAGGGGGAAAUAGACCACUUGACAAGGCUUCAUGAAGAAGUGUGUGCAGACAGGAGAAAUAUGGUUGAUGUCAUCAAGAAUCAUGAAGAAGAACUAGGAAAAUUAACCAGUGACUGUAAUGCACUGAAAUGUAAGCUGGAGAGCCUGGAGGAAGAUUACCAACAUGUCAGUGAGAACCUUAAAACAAAAGAUGCUGAAAUUUCCCAAAAAGAGGAUUCAAUAUCCAUGCUUGAAUCAGAAUAUCAGAAACUGCAAGAAGAUAUUGAUCAUCUUAGAUCCAAGGAAAAAGAAUUGUUAGAUCAGCAUGACUCAAGUAAUCAGGAGAUAGAAAAAUUACUUGGGGUUGUUGAAAAAUAUGAAAUUGAAAUGUCAGAAAAGGAUGAGCAAUUAAAUAAGAUGACAACUGAAGUCGAAAGUAAGAUGGCCAAGAUCUUUGAGGUAGAGGAAUCUAUUAAGUUGCUACAGGAGGCCAACAAGGAGAUGGUACUUAAGUGUGAUAGUAUGGAAGAUGUUAAGAAGAAGUAUAUAUCCUUAGAAGAAGAACUGUAUAUGCUCAGGAAAGACUCCAAUGAGCUUAAGAGCCUGCCAGAUAGUGUGACUGCUCUUGAGGCUAUUGAAGGUGACAUCCAUGCAAAGAUCAGAGAACAUGAAGAACUUGACAGAAAGGAAUCACAAGAACAGGAACUCAAUAUCAAAUUACUUAAGAGUGAAGAAGAAUGCAAAACUGUUAAAAACGAACUGAGUAAAAUUGAAAUGCAGUUACAGGAGAAAAUUGAAUUUGUAAAUAAGAUAACUGUUGAACAUAACACAGUAAAAUUGGCAUUAGAAAAUGUUGAAGCAGAUUUGAGGAAUGCAAAGUUGUCUCUAGAAUCUACAGAAGCAGAACUACGCGAGAAAAUUUCAUCUUUAGAAUCAGAAAAUAUGAAGCUAGAAGAAGAACUUUCGGCCAGUAAAACUAAUGAAAAAGAAAUUAAUGCACAAGUGGACGCCAGUACUCAGCAGAUAGAGAAAUUAGUAAUGCUAGUUGAAAAAUAUGAGACUGAAAUGUCAGAAAAGGAUGAGGUAAUACAGAGUCAGACAACAAAAUAUGAGAGUGAGGUUUUGGUGAAAGGGGGGCAAGUGCAGGGCUUAAUAACUCAGCUAGAAAGCAAAACAUCUAUGUUGAGUGAACUGGAGGAAACACUAGAGUACCUUCUGAGAACAAAUGAGGAGAUGACCAAGAAAUGUGAAGAUCUGGAAGAGUUAAGGAAGAAGUGCAUGUCAUUGGAGGAAAAAUUAAUGAAUGUCAAGAAUGACUUCAAUGAGCGGGAGUCCAUAACGGAUAAGCUGGCUGCUGCCGAGAAUAAAAUUGUGGCACUACAGGACGACGUGAAUUCAAGGAGUAACAAAUACAGUGAAGAAAUUGCAAGGCUCGUGUCAGAAAGAGAAGAACUCAACACCAAAUUUAUACAGACGGAAAAGGAGCUCAAGAGUUCCAAAGAAACACUUGAAAAGUUUGAACAACGUUGGCAAAAAACCUCUGUUGCCUUAGCCGAAAAGCAAGAGAAGUGCAACCAGUUAAAUGAUGAAAUGGAUGAUCUGGUAGAUUAUUAUAAGAAAGAGAGAGUUCUCAAGGCUGAGGCAUAUGAUGAAUUAUCCCAAAGGUAUGUAAACAUUGAAACAGAACUCUCAACCACAAAAUUAAAGCUUGGGGAUUUAUUCCAAAGUGGUUUGGCAUCUAACAGUCAUUUUGACAUUGAUAAUACACUUCAAAAAGAGAGUGAACUUCAAAGCACCCUUGAAUCUCUGCAGAAAGAGUUACUUGCCAAACAAGAAGAAUUGUCCAGCAAGGAGCAAGAGUGUACUGAAUUAAAUGCUGAGAUGGAUGACAUGAUGAAGUAUUAUAAGCAGCAAGGCCAAAUUUAUGCUGAACAGUGUGACUCAUACAGAGAAAAACUAAAGAAAGCCCAAAAUGAGCUCAUGGAAAAUAAGAAAAAAAAAUUGGAUCUUUCCCAAGGAGCAGAAGCACACAUGGGUGAUUCCAGUAUUAAAACAUGUAGUAACCAGCCCUUGAAAAUUUUUGAAAAUGAUGAUGGAAGUUUAAUAAAAGAAAAAGAUAACUGGAAAGAAGUAGUUGUCUUAAGAACUAAAAAUACAGAACUUGAACAGAGACUUAAUGAGUACAGAGAGAGAAAUGAUGAUCUCAAUCAGAGCCGAGCAACCUUACAAGAAGAACUAAAAAUAAGCAGUGAUACCGUCAAUUCCCUCCUGGAGAGAUUAGGUGACCAAGAGAAAUAUCGAAUGGCUUAUCAGAAGGAAGAGGAGGCUCUAGGAAAGAAAAUAAUGGAAUAUAAAUGUAGAAUUGAGGCAUUCAAACAAUCGGCUGGCAACCAAAAGGCAAGCUUGGAAAAAAUUGAUGAACUGAUCCAAAAUGUCAAGUAUUUGGAGUGUGAACUAGAAACCAGCAAGAAGAAUUUUGAGGACCUAGCAGAAGAAAAUAAUACAUGGAAAAUUGAAUACACCAGACUGUUUGAGGUAAGUGAGGAACUUAAAGCACAAAUUGCACAGGGGAAGAUUUUACUUGAAGAACAGAAAAAGGAACAUAAAGAGAAGCUCAUGGAAAUGACCACUGGAGUUAAUACAACAUUAAAUUGCCCGUCUUCGGAUACUUCUGGGCUGAAUCUCACCGGCAAAGGAAGGAAAUCGAGGAUAGCUACUUUAGAAUUAGAGAAGGGUAAUCUUAAAGACGUGUGCGUAGAGCUUACUGAAAAAGUUGAAAGCCUUGAAUCUACAUUAGAAUCUCUCAGGCAGUCUCAGGGUAUUGUGUCAUCCGUUGAGGAGUUCCAGCAUGAACUUACGUGGAUGAGAGAGAAGAUGAAGGCUGCAGAAAAAGAACGUGACCUCACCAGCACAAAGUAUGACAGUUGGGAGAGAGACUUUGAAGCACUACAAAUGGAGGUGGAAAGUCUCCGAGAUCAAGAGAAUACACAAGAUGCGGCUGCCAAGACUGGCCAACUGAAGGAACUUGAAAGGAAAUAUGGAGAACUACAAGAAGAAAAUGCUCACUUGAGACAACGAGCUACAAAAACCAAGACAAUAAGCACUUCAGUUGGUGGUGAUGAGGCAUUAAAUAUGGAAGAACGACUAGCUGCCACAGAACGUGAAAAUAAUGAGUUGAGGUUCAGAUUACGUGCCCUCAAUGCUCCUGCUGAAAAGGAAGUGCAGAGACUAAAGGAAGAGCUCAUCUUGGCUAAUCAAAAGAUAACUCACAUGAAAAAGGAGCUUCGGCGUAUACAAAAUAUAAAGUGUAUGGAUUCCACAAUCUGUGAGAUGAAGGCCUCACUUAACAAGAAAGGCUGUGAUGGAGCACAGAGUAAUGUUGACUCUAAGUUCAACUAUGCAAGUGGAAGUGGUGUUAUAUUGGAGAUUCAAGUACUGGAACUACAAAAUCAACUUUACCACUUGGAAAAGGAAAAGAAGAUGAUUGAGAAUGAGUGUAAAACUUUAGAGCAGCACUUGGACCAUUACAAAGGUAAAGCUCAAGAAUGGAAAGUAAAUGCUCUGAAAGAAAAUAAAUUAGGGGAGAAGAUAAGGAAGGAACUAAAACUACUGCUCACUGAAAACACCCAAUAUAAAACUAAAGUGGAAGAGAUGCGCAGCCGUAUAGAACGUCAGCAGUUUGAGCUGGGACACCAGAGAGAAAUUGUUGAAAAAUUGGAGAAAGAAAAACAAAAACACACUCAGAAGCUUCAAACUAACUCUUCCAAAACUGUGGUGGGAUCUCGUACACAACACACUCAUCCAUCCCCUAAAAAGGAGACUGAAGUUAUAAGCAAAGGUGCAAGCAAUUAUGAAGAUAUUAAACCAAAGAGUUCCAGUAAUGCUUGUCAUUUAGGUGCUCUUAAUGCUCCACUACCUACUCAGACUUAUAUUGAGAACCUUCCUGGUGUGAAGCCACCUGUAGAAACUCAGAGGAAUCCUCGAGGGAAAGUCCCAACGUGGCAAGGUUUUAAUAAGGAAAAUAAAGAUUAUUCUAGAUAUUUUACCGCAUCUGGAUCCCAUAAGAAAAAGGAAGAGGAAUGUAAAACACAGUAAGAUCUAUUCAUGAAAACCAUCUAGAAAUUUCAAUAUCAUUAGAAUUUGUAAUUAGGCAGGUCAGAAACAAAGGAUAAGUUGAUCAGAAUUAAUAAGUUCCAUGUGAAGGAUUUUGCAUUAUAGUUCUUGUUUAUAUAUGAAGGUCAAAGUUUCAAGGUAGAGAAUGAAGAUGUAGAAAUUAAUUGCUUGUGCACUGAGUUUGCAAGCAUAUGUGUCCAUAGACCAGGAGAGAGAGAGAGAGAGAGAUGCCAAAAUGUACGAAGGUAGUGCUGAGUGAACACUGGAUUGUAUGGUGGUUUUGUUCACUUGAAGACAGAUGAGGUAAGAUGGGGAUAGUGAAACAAUGCAAGAGUCUGAUAGAACCCAUAAAGGAUUUAUUAGGAUUUACAGAUAUAGUAAGGGGUGCUGUCAGAUGAAACCCUGAGUAUUAGACAAACUGUAUGCAUAGAGUUAACAAAAUGACUUACUUUAGAAAGUGACCAAAUGUAAAAUGGUGAUCAGUAGGGAAGUCACUGCUUCACAUUGUUACAUACAGUUUUAGUUGAAGGUGUGAAUGGUUAUUGUUCCAUUUCUUGUUUUAGUUAUCAAUUGUUUAUCAUUAUAAGGCUCUUUGCAUUUUUUCCUCCCAAGUAGCAAGUAGAUGGAAGUGGAAUGAGGUUGAUAGGUGAUAGGUUUCAAUGCUGAGCUAAAUUUUCAUGCUGUGCACUAAAUAAAUAUUGAAGUUUUCAAUUCGUUUUCCCAUUGCAAUACAGUAUUGUUCGUUCAUGUAAUGCACUUGUUCUACCCAAGUAACAAGUUGAUUGUAAUGAAGUAAAGUUUGAUUUCAGUUUCUGUAAGAUAAAUAUUUGUAAUUACUUGUAUAAUUAUUUCUAUGAACUACUGAUUUUUAUUGCUUUUAAUGUACCGAUCUUGAACUGCUAUAUACUUUUGUACAUAAUAUUUCAAAAAUUUUAUUGUACACAGUAUCAUAAAAUAAACAUUUGAUUUGUA